CCGCUCAAUGAGAUUCAAGAUUUCAAAAACAUAAAGUCAUUAGUUAUACUCGGUGAUAAUGAUAUAGCAUUUGGUACAAAUUUAAAAGUUGAACAUCUAAGUUUGGUGCUUCCAAAAGACAAAUUGAAUGUCCAAGGCUUAAAAAGACUAGAUUUGGCGAUUGAUCCAAGAUUAAUUGAUAACAUGAACGCUUUAGAAUUUUUCAAGUAUUGCCCUAUACAAGAGUUGAACGUGACAAUACGUGAUUUAACUACAAUUUUGAAAUAUAAACCAUUUCUAUUAUUCAUUUUAUCUUUGAAGUCAUUGAAUAAACUUUCGCUACGGUGUUCAAAUCAACCUCAACCAUCUUCAUUGCAUAUUUCAACCUCAGAUCUGUAUGAUACAACUGCUCAGUUUUUCCAAAGUUCAUUCAUUUGAUUUCCCAACCACAGUUCCACAACUUAAUAUUGCAAAACCAAUACAUAUCAGCAUUGUUGAACCAUCAUUGGCUGGACCAUUGACGGUUCAACAGAGUAACAGCAUUUUAUCAUUCUUAUCCUGUUUGUCAACUUAUAACAUUCAUACUCUUAAUCUUGUCUUUGGAAUCCAGACAGAAUUACCAUACAAUACUGCAUUACAUGUUCUACAAACCUUGUGUUUUGAAAUCCAUCAUGGUGGUGAUAGUGGUGAAUCUGAACGUUUCAAGAAUUUGAAAAGCAUCAAGAAUGUUGGUGCAUUGAUGGCAUGGAAUAUAAUUGAUGAUAGUAUCUAUAUGG